AUGUCUUAUCUGGAAUACUGUUUGUCUCAAGGCAGGCAGCAACGUGAUCCAAUCACUGACAUAUUCGAUCAGGUAGACGAACAAAUAAAAAAACACGCUGGUCUUCAAGCGAAUUGCGUGGGCGGUGGAAGAAUUGAGCACGAUCCCGACGAGAAAACCAUCAAAGUUUAUGGAUAUUCGCAAGGUUUUGGCAAAGCUGAUCAUCAAAUAUCGGUCGAGUUAUUGAAGAAAAAGUAUCCUACCUACAACAUCACGUGGUCAGACGACGGUUACUUUAGUUUGGUAUACUUUACCAUGUUUUCCCGAGCCGCAAAAUCAGUCGUGAAGUCCCUUGGGUCAUGCCGGAUUCAUAUUGGUAAAAAAAGUUUCAAGAUUGCUCUGAUUGGUGGCGCCGGAGAAAUCAGUCAAACUCUAUCCCAGUUAUUAAAAAAUAGCGCGAAACUGAAUGCCCUUGCGUUAUAUGAUGUUGCAGCUGUCAAUAGACCUUUACCGAAUUACAAUUUCCAUGCUGAGCCAUUUAAACCUAUCCCAUCAGAAACGCUAACAAUGGCGAAGAAAUCCUGUUCGGGCGAAGGCAGUCGUUCAAAUGCAGUGAUUAGGGCGAGGCAAAUAGACAAUAAUAAUCAUCAAGAAAAUAACGGAAGGAGUCAGAUAGAGAAACUUGUGGAAGCUCUUUAUCGUUUACCAAUAGCUGAAGGAGCUGCAACAUUUAAUAACCCAUUGAUACCCAUCGAGGAAAUAAUGCCAAAGGCGGGCAAUGCGUGCGGCAGGAUGCGUCCUCGCGCCAGAGUCUUGGGUGAGAAGGAUUCCAGCAACGUAAAAACCUGGCAAAGAGGUUACGCCACCGUCGCAAUUCGCAAGUGCUUCUCCGACUUGAUGUAUCCGUCGUUUCAGGAGCACUACCUAAACGGCAUUCCAAAAGUGAAAAUCUCGAAGAAGCAUCGAUCGAUUAAGACAGCGAGAAAAAUCACAUAUUCAUCCUGCGGUGCGCUCAUUGCGAAAGAAAAUAAUCUUCAAUUGUUAUCGAUGUCUUUGUUAAAUCAUGGUGAAAAGCCGGCGAGAAGAUUGAUGAAGAAAUUUAGAAAUGCCGGCGUACCUUCAAAUAUAGAAGCACGUUGCAGAGCAGUAGAGAAAUUGACCGAUUGGAUGAUACCGGAAGCGCUAUCGAACAAUAAACUGAGAUUGUUACGCAAGAUCUACAGUUGUAUUAAAUUUCCUUCGUCUUCAUUAAAUUUCAUAAAUCAUAAGCGUGAAAAUAAUCGCGAAGCAAUUUCAUUCAAUCGCGACAGCGGAACAAUGACGGACGAUACGUUAAGUGUCGUUGAACAGGAAAAUUGGAUUAAGCGAACAUGUUCCAAAAUCAAAUCCAUACUCCCAGACCUGCACGCCAAAAUCCGAUUACAUUCGACAAUCGCAUCGGAUUCGUAUUGUUCGGAAAAUAUUUUUGCGGUGAACCAAGUGAUUCCGUUCUCCGACAUAAUUUCCAACAGCGUCAUUCUCUCUGCAUCGAAAGAUUGCGAAGAUGAUAGACCGAAGGACAGCAUUCGGAAAAAGAUACAGGAAUUUUGCAUGCAGCGGAAAAAAUCUCUAAGAAAGAACAGAGACGAGAAUGAUAUUUGUAAGAAAAGAGAGAGAUGUAAAACGACGAAAGGGAAAUAUCAGGAAAGAGAAAAGAUAUGUGAGAAAAGAAAGAGGAUUGAUUGCUCCGAGAAAAGAAAACAAGCACCCAAGAGACAAGACGUAGAUAUUUGCAAAGGAAGAAAGAGUUCUUGCGAUAAAAAGAGUGUCCGCGAUUGCCGUAAAACUCGCGAGCGAAAGGUGGAGGUCCAAGAAGAUCCGUGUAAACGGAAAAAAGAUGAUAUUUCUAGAACAGGAGAAGAUCCUGGCCGUGGACAACGUCCCGUGAAGCAAGAACAAACUUUUUAUAAACUGCAUGACCCAGAUCCAUGUAGGGCAGACAAGAAAGAAGCGAUCAAGAAGAAAGACGAAAUUAAGAAAGAAGAAAUAAAGAGGAAAGAAGAAAUUAAGAAGCCUGAUUGUUCAGAGACUAAGAAAGUUGAACCAUGUGAGAAAAAAAAGUGUCCACCUGUAAAAAAGCUACAACCAAAAGAAGAAAAUUUGACUGUCAGACUUCAAGAUUCUGGAAUAGACAAAGUAAGAAGAGAGAGAUCAAGUUCACCGAUGAAAUCUACAGUAGAAAUAGCCGAAAGUGGAAAACCGAUUGAAUCCAAUCAGAUCCAAACCAACAAAGGUUCCUUAUCGGUCACCAAUUCACGUCAACAGUUUAUGGGAAUCAAUUCUGUCAAUAAUCUCCAUCAAGAUUCUAAUUUGGCAAUUGAUCACAAGGAUCGUUCCGAUUUUUUUUUUCUGCACAAGCAUUUUGUCUCUAAUCUUCGCCACUGUAGCGAUCGUGAGUUUGACGAAUCAAAGUUGUCGCACGACAGACAGGGCAAUGACGAUUACUUCCCUCAAGGUGAAGAAUACGAAGAGGAGAUCGGUACAGAAGACUAUCAACUGGGCAAAAAAACCCCUAGCAAAAAACCAUCGCGUCUCGAGGACGAGCACGAAAAGUUCGAACCGACAAUGUUGAUGUUUGAAAAUAAUAAAUACAUCAACGGAGGUCCAUUAACGAGAUACAUUACGCAUGUGUAUUUUUCAAGCAUUGAAGAACUGACGGAUGCUGAUCGAACAAUGCUGAUGUCAAAGAAAGUUUCCAACAAGGACGCCGUCGAAAAAUUGCAAACUCUGAUCGAGAAAGUAUCGGAGUUCAAACGCCGAGUUUUCCAAUCCAAACACGAUGCACCAAAGACUGAAGCUACGACGGACGGAAAGAAGGAAAGAAAGAUCGAGGGAGGUGGGCCAAGAGCGCUGAUUGGGACUACCGCGUGAUUAUCGACGAAGCGCAGCAAAAUUCUCCACGAUUUAAUACGUAAAAACCAGCAGGCAGUUAGUGGCAGAGUAUUGCGGCUAGGUGAGCCGGACUGUGGCGAGGACUCACCUGGUCAACCGAAAAGGAAUCCGUGCGAUCCACCCAAGGGCCCCUGUCAGCCCGCCGAACCACCGGGCUAUCCCUCCAAGCCAAAGCCCAAAAGAAAGCCAUUCUGCGUAAAAUGCCCACCCAAGAAACCGUGCAAGGAAGAGAAAUGCUGA